AUGGAUUUGGGAGACCAUUUGAGGCCAAAAAGGUGCCCAGUCCCCCCGCCUCUCCUGAGAGCUUACCUUCUUCACAACUGUUCAUGCAACCAUGAUGGGCUAUUGCGAGUAAGUGGACCUGUUCUGGUGAAGCGCAACUGGAAAGGGGCAGAUUUCAAAGCAGGAGCUUGGGGAAAAGAUUCUGCAGUCGGGGCUAAAUCACCAGAUCAUUAUUGGGUAUUCCCAGCCAACAAAAACAAUUCUGCAUUGGAGAGUUUCCGCUUGUAUUCCUCUUUCAGAAAAUUGAUGCUUUAUCUUCCAGUGAUGGAAUUUAGCCUUCGCGGUGCUAACGAUAAAUGUGAAAACUGUGGACAAGGGGGUGGUGUAAUCUUCUUCAAUGGCUCUUUCUAUUACAACUGUUACAACAGCAGGAAUCUGUGCAAAAUAGACCCACACACUUUGCGACUCUUGCAUAAGGAGCUGGAGGAUGAAGAUCCUCCUUCCUUUAAUAACAUGUUCUCCUACAAAGGUGUCGAAUUUCAAGACAUGGACAUGGCUGGGGAUGAAAAGGGACUUUGGAUGAUACAUGCAUCUAAAAUGGCCAAUGGGAAUAUGGUCAUAAGGAAAGUCAACCCAGAGACCUUGCAGACAGAUACACCUUGGACCACCUCACUCAGGAAGAGUGAUGUCAGCAAUGCGUUCAUGAUUUGUGGGGUGCUGUAUGCCACCAAAAGAGUGAAUUCAACUCAUGAGGUGAUAGAUUAUGCAUUUGACACCAACUCAGCCAAGGAAUAUAGGCCACGUAUCUUUUUGAACAAACCUCUUCCUACCAUGCAGAGUCUGAGUUAUAACCCGAAUGACCAUAAGCUCUACAUGUACAAUGAUGGCUACCUUAUCUAUUACGAUGUCAAAUUCAAAGCCCAUGUGGCAAGAAGGGCAGGACCAGCACUUGCCGCUGAAAGUGGGUUGGAUAUCCAUGAUGGGGGAAGCCAGAGCCUGGCCGUCAAGACAGCACAAAGUGCUGCGGACAAGGAGGUGCAUAGCUUAGGGAGUCGCCAGCAGAAGACUAAGACAAGCAAAGGAGAAAUCAGUGCCAUUCAUACGAGCAGGAUGGCAUGAGAAAGGAAAGAGGGACUAAAGUAAACACUGGAAGCCACACUAAGGACCUCAUCACAAUAGAGAAUGAAUCCAGUUUAAAUUCAGUUUCUGCCUCCUGCAGAAUGCUGGGGCUUGUAGUUUUGGGAGGAAGCAGAAACCGAAUUUAAACUGGAUUCAUUCUCUAGUGUGGUGAAUUACUGAGAGUUGUGAGGGUGACUAAAUAUGAUCAGUGUGACUGUUGUCAUAAAGGUUUUUAAAAGGUUUUUUGGUGUUUUCUGCUCUAGCUGAUGAAUUUUGUGAAAACAUA